AUGAAUCUUACUGGAGACCUGAAUUCUCCUCCGUGGCCCAGCAUUGAGAUCUCCGGUGAUCUGAAGGAGAAGCAGUCGGUCACUAUAACCUGUUCAGCUUUCACUCCCUGUCCACACUCCCCUCCUGAACUCACCUGGACUCUCCAACAAGACCCUCACAACAAAAUAGAGGAAAACACAGAUGGAACCUUCACAACUAAAAUCCAGAAGACCUUCACUCUGUCAGACGAACAUGAUGGAUUCAUCAUCACCUGUUCAGCCAGAUAUCCUGUAAAUGAAGGAAAAGAAGUCAAGACAGCAGAGGAGAGAACGACGCUCAGUGUUUCAUAUGCUCCCAAAGACACCUCAGUGUCCAUCAGUCCAUCAGGUUUGGUGUCAGCAGGUAGUCUGGUGAACCUGACCUGCUCCAGCAGAGCCAAUCCUCCCGUCAGCUUCACCUGGUUCAAGACCAGCAAAGACGGACCUGUCAAUGUAUCUGAAGGAGACUUUUACAGCUUCAAGGUGACCUCUGUGACAGAUAAAGAAUAUUAUUACUGUGUGGCCACAAAUGAUCUCGGUAAUCAGACGUCAUCACGGAUUAAUAAUGCAGAUAAUCCAGAGUUUGGGGCUGUCGUCUACGUUACACUGAAGAUCCUGGGAAUCGUAGCGCUCUACAGUACAAUCAUCAUCUUUGAGUGGUGGUUUAGAUCAAGAUGCUGCAACAAACCAGUGAAGGACGCAGUAGAAGCAGACUAUGUCAACAGAGUGAUUGAGAUCGAAGCAUCGUGAAGGAGAAGA